CGUCGUGCGCAUUUGGCAGUUUUCCACACAAAUAUAUAAAUAUCAGAUUAACCGGAACAGGUGUAGGCGACUACUAUUCGUCAAUUUUAGGAAUAACUCACUGAAUGUUGCGAGUAAAGGCAGCCUUGAGAGCACCAUCCAUACAGAAACAUGCGUCUGUUCCUACGCCGACGUAUGUCCCCCCUGAAACUGGUGAUCUUUGGGGGGACUCUCUUCAUGGUGGUCCUAGUGGUUCUCCAGAGGGAUGUUGGCUCUUCGCCUGCUAGUGACCCCUGGUUUCAGGAGCUGGUGGACAAGAAGGAUAAGGUGAUGGUCAUGGUCAGAGAGGCUGUCAACAACAUCGGCUUCCAGAUCGGAGCUCCACAGCCACCGCCAGUACAGGAGCAGCCCGCCCAGGACGUCAAGUGCCCCGCUGGAUUCUACACUCAGGCUGAUCUCAAACCUCACCUGGAGAGACCACCUCAGGACCCCAAAGGCCUCGGGGCCGAUGGGAAGGCAUUUCAGAAAGACAUGUCUCCCGAGGAGGAGAAAGAGAAGGAGGAGGGUAUGACACGGCACUGUUUCAACCAGUUUGCCAGCGACCGCAUCUCGCUCAGCCGUAGUCUUGGGGAAGACACGAGGCCUCCAGAAUGUGUGGAGAGAAAGUUUCGUCGUUGUCCUCCUCUGCCUACCACCAGUGUUAUUAUUGUCUUUCACAAUGAGGCUUGGUCCACCCUCCUCAGGACAGUCUACAGUGUCCUGCACACAUCUCCUGCUAUCCUGCUCAAAGAGAUCAUCUUGGUAGAUGACGCCAGUGCUGCAGAGCACCUGAAGAGCCAACUGGAGGAAUUUGUGCAUCAGCUGAAGAUUGUUCGUGUAGUGAGGCAGCUGGAGAGGAAAGGUCUCAUCACUGCCAGGCUGCUGGGUGCCAGUAUCGCUCAGGGCGAAGUGCUAACCUUUCUCGAUGCACACUGUGAGUGUUUCCAUGGUUGGCUAGAGCCCAUGUUGGCCCGCAUUGUUGAGGAACCCACUGCCGUGGUUAGUCCCGACAUAACCACCAUUGACCUCAACACCUUUCAGUUCAACAAGCCUGUGGCCACCAACCGCGCUUUCAAUCGAGGUAACUUUGACUGGAGCCUGACUUUCGGCUGGGAGGCAAUCCCUGAGGAGGCGAAGAAGCUGCGCAAGGAUGAAACCUACCCUGUAAAAACACCUGCUUUUGCCGGAGGUCUCUUCUCAAUCUCAAAGAAGUACUUUGAACACAUUGGAACAUACGAUGACAAGAUGGAGAUAUGGGGCGGUGAAAAUGUGGAGAUGUCAUUCAGGGUGUGGCAGUGUGGGGGUCAGCUAGAGAUCAUCCCUUGUUCUGUGGUGGGCCAUGUCUUCCGCACCAAGAGCCCCCACACCUUCCCCAAGGGCACAGAAGUCAUUACUCGCAACCAGGUGCGCCUGGCUGAGGUCUGGAUGGAUGACUACAAGAAGAUCUACUAUCGCCGCAACAAGAAUGCUGCAGUUAUGGCCAGUGAGCAUAAGUAUGGGGACAUCUCUGAUCGUCUGAAACUAAGAGAGAGGCUUCAGUGCAAGAACUUCACCUGGUUCUUAAACACAAUCUACCCAGAGGCCUUUGUUCCAGACUUAACCCCAGAAAAAUUUGGAGCAAUUAAGAACUUAGGAUCUAAAACCUGUCUGGAUGCUGGAGAGAGCAACCAGGGAGAUAAACCUGUGAUUAUGUACCAAUGUCACAAUAUGGGAGGCAACCAGUACUUUGAAUACACAACUCAUAAGGAGCUGCGUCAUAACAUUGCAAAGCAGCUGUGUCUUCAUGCCACGCCACAGCCAGACCCAGUGAAGCUCGAGCUAUGCCAGCUGAAGGGGAAGGGAACCAGUUUGGCACCACAACAGGAAUGGGUCUUUACAGAGGAAAGUCUUCUGAAAAAUCCCAGUAGUGGGCAAUGUUUACAUCUGAAAGGAGGCCAGAUUCAGAUGAACGAUUGUGAUGCUGCUGACCUCUAUCAGCACUGGACCUUCAGCUGACCUCCCCUGUCUGCCCAUCAGGUGAUCUCUGGCACCUUGUGUCCCCUUCUUCAGAAUCAGCUCUGAGGAGCCAACUCAGCAUUGACCCAAAAGGGCUUCAUGCUGUGGUGCUUGGGGCAAACAGUUAAAGAUGGAGGACAAAGUAAAGACAGUCACAUCUGUUGAAGACACUCAGGUUGGCCUUAACCUGUUUUAAAUUAAUUUAUGAUGGGAAUUCAGGAAAGACUUUGUAGGUGGUUGGGGAUUAUCAGACAUAGUGUGGACUUCGCAUUCAGGAGUGGCAGCUUAACCGUGGGGCAAUGGCUGUCAGCUGCAAUGAUGCACUCCAGCUUGGAAAAUCACUAUUUAGUGACUGUUUUUUGUCUGACAAUGAAUGUUGAAAUGUGACAAUAUGCACAAGUCUUACUAAAAAGUAAAAGAUGUGAUGAUGUUUUUAAAUAAAAAUACUACUGUCAGAUAAAUGAUCAUUUGUAUUAUAGAUUUUUCAGCAUGUAUAUCUGGAAAGCAUUUCAAGAGGUUUUACAGUUAAAUAAUGAAAUACUGUGUAUUUGAGUUGUAACCAACAGCUUUGAACUGUCCUGAUUAAUUAUACUACUAUACAGUAUGUGUACAAUACUAAUCUUAUAUUAGUACUAGAAGUAUCAUCUAUGUUCUAGCUGUGUAAUGGUCAGUAGUGAUUUACAGAGUGUACAAUAUCCUGAAAGAAUGAUUAGCUCAGACUCUUUUGCUGUGGUUACUGGUUACAGAUAUUAAAUCAUUUGGGUUUAGCAGUUGCCUGCGUGGAAA